GCCAUCGCCAUCGCCACCAUCCUUCAACCGCGCAACAAAGCGCAUCUCAACGGCGACGACAACAGCAACGUCAGCAACGCCAACGCCAACGCCAUCGACGAGCUCACGCUGGCCCGACACCGUUUUCCGAAACUCAAAAGAGAGACGCUGCUACCAGAAUUAAUUGGGACACAGAGGGUGGAAGAAAACGGACGCCAUGUCGAACAGUUUCGAUCGCCAGCAGGCGUCGUUCCUGAGCAGCAUGUCGGCAGCCGCCAGCAAGCUCGGCUCCGGCGCAGGCACCAAGCGCUCGCUGGCCCCGCCGUCGCCGUCGCCGUCGGUCGGCUCGACAACGUCGGCGCCGGCGCCGGGCAGCCUCACGCCGCGGCGGGAGCGCGAGGCGCCCGGCAACGUGGUGUACUCGCAGCCGGCGCUGACGGGCACGGGCGACAGCAUCAUCUCGCAGAUGGCCUACGCGGUCUCGUGGCUGCGGACCAAGGACGAGCCGCAGACGUGCGCCGACGUGCUCGGCUACCUGUCGGCGACGAGCCGGCCGGAGAAGGAGCAGGAGUUCUUUGUCGAGCAGAUGCGGCGCCACCCGCAGAUCCAGUGGAUCCCGGAUCCGUCGCUGAGCGAGCAGACGUGGCGGUCGGGCACCUACGUACACCGCCCGAUUAUCCCGAACGUCAAGAGCAAGACGCAGCUGCUGGCCUACCUGCAGAAGAAGACGGACGCGAGCGGGGUGUCGGUCAAGGACCUCAAGGACGGCUGGCCCGACUGCGAGGCGGCCAUCAACGAGCUCGAGGCCGAGCACAAGCUGCUGGUCGUCCGGGCCAAGAAGGACGGCGCCGCCCGCAUGGUCUGGCUCGACGACCCGAGCCUCUUCCACGAGGUCGACCCCCAGCUCAAGCUGCUGUGGUCCCGCGUCGAGCUGCCCAGCGUCGAGAACAUCGUCCAGAAGCUGCUGGCCGCCCAGCAGAAGCCCGCCUCCGAGGAUCCCCGCCUCAAGGCCGCCCAGGCGCCCAAGGCGGAGAAGAAGAAGAAGAAGACCCAGCGACGCACCGGCAAGUCGACCAACGUGCACAUGGAGCACUUGUUGAAGGAUUACAGUCACAUGAAACGUUGAGAAACAAGGAAGAGUCAGGGUUGGUUGAUGUUUUUUUUGUUGCCCCCUUCUGCCGUUUUUUUUUUUUCGGCUCUCUUCUUUUUUUUAAAAAAAAAAUUUCCUCCACCACCUAUUAUUGCAUUGGGAUGGCGUUUAGGCGGGUAAGGCAGGGUAACGACACUUUACAUCAAUGGGCUACUGGGCUGAGCAACAAUCGUGGGGCUUGUUGUGCUAUUAUUAUAAAAACUGGCUAGAGUGGCUGGCUUCAUUCGUCUGGACGGAAAAAAAAAAAGAAAGAAAGAAAACAAAAACAUACUCAAGGCAACGGUGCUUCCCGGUGGGUAGGCAACGGCAAUCUUUGCUAUUCAAGAGAAUAUCAAGGGGGUUCUACUUUUGCCGUAACACCUGGUAGAUGUCUCGUGGGUUUUGGCCCUCUGAUGACUGGUUGGGAAGAAAAAAGAGAGGUGUGCUUGGUAACAAUUGUUCAUGGCGUUUCCAACACCCAAAUGACAGAAUAAUCAUCAGACUCAAAAGAGUGGUCCUUUC